GUGUAACUUCAAUGACGUUAUCUAAGCCUAAUAGUUUGUCAUUUUUAAAACACCUCGACCGCAUUGAACUCGAGCGGUGAUGAGUAAGAAAGUUUUUGAGACGUGGUCGUUUGCUAACAGACUACAUGCCGAACAUCGCAUACCGCGGUUGUUCUGGUCGAAUAAAAGGGGCAACCUUCAUACCUGUUUGAGGUGCGGCACUCAUUUCCCGCAUGCCACACCACCACUCGGAUACGACAUGUCCAGUUUACCUUGACACAGCGGCGUUCGUGAUCUACUGUGAGCACCUUCGUUCAUCCAGUUUGCGCUACAUAGAGGCUGUAGAUGCAGACUCGGCCUCUUGCAUCAUAUAUCCGAUCACGGCUAUGUGACCUGAGCUGAGUACCCCCCAUGGCCCUGUACCUAACAGAGCCAGGGGGAGCAACAUCACCUGGAAACCCCAAGCGAGCUGGAAGGUCAUCUCCUGGCAAUGACCUUGGCUACCAUACACUUCUUGGGCCCAGCUGGUCUGACGUUGAGACAACACGUGCUGUGACACCGCAGUCUCCUCCCCAGCUUCCUCCCCAGCUUCCUUUCGACCAGCUGCCUGACAGUGUUUUGCUUAGAGUCCUAGGAUACCUGUCGACAAGUGAGCUGUGCAGUUGUGCACGUGUCUGCCGGCGCUGGUACUUCCUCGUCUGGGAGCCUCAGUUAUGGACGUCUAUUACGCUGUGCUCUGAGGAACUUCCAGUGGAUCAGGGCUUGAGAACACUGUUUCGUCUCCUUGGAAGAGAUGCUCCAGGUGUAUGUGCUGCUGUGGAGCGAGUGGCGCUCAGUGGCUGUUCUCGUCUGACUGACCGAGGGCUGAGUGCGGUGGCGAGACGGUGUCCACAGCUGCAGGUGCUUGAGGCUAGAGGCUGUUCAUUAGUAACAGAUGCUGGAGUUGCAGAAGUGGUUUCCCGAUGCCUCAAUCUCGAGAAACUAGACCUCACAGGGUGCUACCAAGUUACCCACAUUCAGCAACACCUCAUCGCAUCUGACUCACUGUCCGGACGGAGCAGUGAGGGAAGCAGCAGCAGUCGCAGCCACCAUUUGAAUCUACAAUAUGUAGAUUUGACAGACUGUCAAGGCAUAGAAGAUAGCAGUAUCAAGACACUCGUACGACAUUGCCCGCAACUCACCCAUCUGUUUCUGCGACGAUGCUUGCGCAUUACAGAUGCUGCGAUCAAGUAUAUUGCUAGCUACUGUGUCAUCCUUAAGGAACUUAGCAUCAGCGACUGCUUACAGGUAACAGAUUUUGGGCUGUAUGAGCUUGCGAAGUUGGGCCCACACCUGCGCUACCUAAGCGUGGCAAAAUGCGACCAGGUGUCCGAUGCUGGAGUGAAGCAGGUGUGCCGGCAUUGUUACAAGCUGCGCUACCUCAAUGCUCGUGGUUGUGAAGCUGUUUCGGACGCCAGCCUCGAGGUACUGGCUCGGUCGUGCCCACGUCUACGUGCACUCGAUGUGGGCAAGUGUGAAGUUGGUGACCGUGGCCUAGCCACGCUGGCACGACACUGCCCCAACCUGCGUAAACUGAGCCUCAAAUCGUGUGACAGAGUGACAGAUCGUGGUCUACAGGCCGUGGCUUCAUUUUGUCGUGGAUUGCAGAGGCUCAAUGUGCAAGACUGCUCUAGUAUAACAGUGGAGGGCUACAGGGCCGUGCGUCACCUCUGUCGAAGAUGCAUCAUAGAGCACACAAAUCCAGGCUUUCAAGGGUGACUUUUGUGAGUGGUUUGCUUCUAUGAGAUGAUCAGCGUCCGAAGAGCAAUCUUCAUUUUUCAAAAUUCAUUUUCGUGGGGUCUUUUAUAUGUCCCAAGUUCCCAGAAAUGUGAGCAAAAAUUAACAUGUACAUGAAGUAUACCUAGGGCCUUGUGUUUUAGGGUUAGACCCACUUUUACCUGCAAACCCCCGCAAGGCUAACUUGGCACAGUGCCAGUUCAGCCACCAAUACUGGCACUGGAAAACGCUAGAUACUGCAGAUUCAGCAUGCCCGUUGUGCGUCUUUUGUUCCUCUAAACUGCGAGAAGUGCUGCUGCUGCUUUCUCUCUCUCUCUCUCUCUUUUUCUUUUUUUCCUCCCGAAAAUUUGCCUGUUUCACCCGAAACUACUAUGUUUAUGGCUUCUGAAAUAAAACACGAUUUUUGCUCCCUUUCCCCGAUUUUCAAAACACGCAAAACCCGAAAACACAAGGUCCUAGGUAUACCUGAUAAAUUGCCUUGCACUAACAUAAAAGGAAAUCCAGGCAACAUUAACACCUGUCUGCUUCCUGGAGGAGGGUGACAUUCCUUAGGACAAGGGUUCAGGGUCCCCAGAUUUUUUGAAUUAAUCCAAAAAACAUACAAUGAUAAAAUUUAAAGCAACCCAGGUAUUACAGAAAAACUCCACUUCGGAGGCUUCCAGUAACUAAGAACUCUGCAAGAACAGCCAUGCCCUGAUGGCUGGUCAGUGGAGCUUGCUUGCUUUUGUGUCAUGAUUGCCUCACGUCACUGGUUAUCAGCCCCCUGCAAUAGGGAAGGGUGGGUCUGUUGACCCAAAUUUAUGGUGAAUUCGAGUGGUCAUUUCGUGCAAACCUUUUUUGCCAGAUCCCAAGCAUUCGUGCUCGCUUGGUCAAAGCGCAGCAAUCUCACAUGUUCGUGUGGCGCAUUCCGAGUGACAGGAAUUUGCCAGCUUGCUUUUUUUUUCACUCGGCCUCGAUUCAACCGGUUAGCGGGUUCCCCAACUAUAUCUGUUUUCGUCACAUCCGCACUGUGAGUGUGGCGAGAGCCCGCGUUGGCCCACAUGAGGAGUUCACGUGGGUUGACAGACGACGAAACCGGUGACGACGAGCGACCGCGAUGCCCCUAGCGUGAUCCAAGUGAGUAAAACAGCUAGAUUCCUGGCACUCAUGUUUGGGUGGCAACGGUCACGUGAUCAGGCAUGGCCGCCAGACUAGCAAUUUCCGAGCGCUAGGCCAUGUUGCCAUGAAAUGACUACCCGGAUUUGCCAGUAGUGUGCUACAGCAUGUGUGCUUAGCAAUGCAUAAAACAUCUGUGCAAUGUGGGUGUACAUCUUCCUUGCCAAGAUGCACCUCGACAUUGGAGACACUGGGCAGGGUACCCUAUUUAGUGACUCUACUUGACAUUAGUGCACUCUGUGCUCAUUUUGGCCAUUUCUCAGGGAAAGCAUCCAGGGUCGGGGGUUUGCCAUUGCCUUUUCCUGUGGAACGUGUUUUCCUUCCUGUGAAAAUGUGCAAGGGAGCACAGAUGGCACAUAAAUUGUCUUCUUGAGAGGGAAGGUACUUGCUGCAACGCAGACAGGUACAAAGUUUGGGUACAAAUGAAAGCUGCCUGGUGACCAUGUCAAGGAAUAUCCAGGUUUCAAGAUGUUCACGUGACCAGGUGAUCGUGAUGCGGAUGUCAUUAUGUGCAAGUGCUUCAGCAUAACAGUAAGCGUUUUUGCAGGACGACUUUUCAUUCUUUUUGUGCGUAUGUCUUCUCACAGCCACUGCUUUUUCUCAGAAUUUUGCAUACUAACUCGUUGUAAAAGAUAGACUUGGGAAAACCCUGAACCCUACACAUGACUUGGAUUUGGAAAGCGCCUUCUUGUAAGUUCAGACCUGACAACUUCCUAAAUGCAGCUGAUGCAUGCACGCAGGUUGCUUGGAAAAGGGUCUGUAGCAAUCAAGCUUUGUUAUCAACUAUAUUCUGAACUGUAACAACCUGGAGUGAUGUUGCAUACAUUGAGCUCUGUUAGCACUGCCAUACGGUGGCGUAGUCAAGAUGCACUGCCACUUCCGAAGCCAUGAAUUGUCACACUAACACUGAUAACCUUUUCCUUUUUUUUCAACGAAUUGUGCCAAUACAGCAGAGCUUCUUACUCUUUUUCUAGAGCUUUCGCUACAUUUUAACUUACUGUGAUAACUCACACAUUACCAGUUUGCAGCAAUUGGUUCUAGGAUAUCGUAAGGUACACCUGUGGAUGCAUACAUUCGAACAUAGUAUACAUUGUACUCCAUUUCUGCCUUUUUCUUGCCUGACCGCAUUCCACGUUGACUUGCUCAGGUAAUCUGCUAUCUAGUUUCUCUGUGAAGGUGUAUCACGGCAGAACGAGCAACGCACAUUGGUGGAGCCUGAAUCUUUCGGGAAAUUUUUUUUUUCCAAAUUUGGGGCGUAAAAAUCGGGUAAAUAAACUUGUGCUCUAAAUUCAUGCGAAUUCGGGUGAAAAAAAAAUCCAGUAUGCUAAAUUCGGGGAGAAAUCGGGCUCUCUUACUCAAAUUAACUGUACGGUUUGGUACAAACAGUGAUGUAACUGCCUGACAGACAAGUCAGUGUGCAUUCCUACAGACAUCUCAGUGAGGGCAAUUUGCGGGGUAAAAAUCGAGUUUCACCCUAAAGAGGCAACCUUCAAUUUCGGGUGCAAAUUCGUGGUAGAAUUGGGUUAAAAUCUAAAACUUAAGGCUCCAAGUAUAGUAUAGUGUUUCAACCUCAAACGUCAUGUGAAGUGUGCCACAAGAUCAUUGUCAAUAUGCCAGAACAGCAUGAUGGAGUUUGCCAACAAGUGCAAUAUGAUUCCUACGUACCAGAUGACAUAAGGUCACCUUGCACAGCGGUUAGAAGGAAAAGGCUGAGGUGUGAAAUCACAGGUAUUUUAGGUGCAGAUUGUUCUUUCACUGAACAGAGCAUAACAGCCUUUGUUUAAAGUACCGGCAGCUCCUGACCCCAAUCUUUUCUGUCUACAUUUUUAGAGGAAUGUGUUCAUGAUAUACAAUCUUACCAUGAAAGCCUGUACAGCAGGCAUAGAAAUCAUGAGGGGAGAGGCAAAGGGAAAAGCAGGAAGAGGAGAGAAAUGAGGGAAAGUAAAAGAUUUGUAAGGAGGUGAUGCCCUUUUGCCAUGUCAAAGUGUGAGAGCUGCCAUAAUAGGCUGUUUGUGACACGUUAACACUACCAUAUCUAUCAUUGCAGCUCAGUUGUUGAGAUGUCCCUAUAUGUUACCUUUGUCUCUAAGCGCUAUGAGCGCUCUGUGAUCGGCGGCCGUGUUUGUACGUCAUGGAGACUUGCAAAGGAUUAACAAAGCAGAAAAUCUUCCAGGUAAUUACACUGUUCCUGCUCUGGUGCUAUCCGUCACUCAAAAUUUUCUGCUAUAAAACCAUAUUGAGCGACGUCAAACUAGCAAACUACCUCACAUAUGUGCCUUACGUACAUGUGAUGCUUUCAUUAGUGUGUCUUCCAAAGAAGGAAAAUUUGCAAUAUCACUUCCUGCACUGAAACAAAUUUAAGUGGUACAUACGUAAAUGUCUUGCAAUGUCAUGUUACUAUAUUUCCAUUGCAGCAUUAGUGCUUAACCUUUUUGUCUCUUUUUUUAUGCAUUUCUUGUUGCAGCUAUUUUGCUUUACUAUCUAUACUUUGCAUAUUUUAUGCAGUUUACCUUUCUGUGGUCUUUGUUGCCAUUCAAGGCUGUUAGGGUCUUAACAAGUUGUGAUAUGCUAAUUGAACUGCGUGCCUCAAACUGUAUUUUGCCUCUCAGCAGCAGGUAGCAUAGGACUGUGCAUAGAAGGAACAGUUUACAUACUGUGAGAUGGAGUGACAUGAGUUUGCCAUGUAUUGUGCCUUAGGGUUCAGUGUUGCACUACUUGGAGGGAUUUCACAUUUUACUGAUUUUUCAGUCACUCACAACGUUUUUCAUCUGUGUGUACACAAUGUAAAAUGCUUACUGUAAUGCAUUUAAAGGUGAACCUUUGGUGGAGCAUCACCAUUUGUAUGUGCUAUGGCAGUGACAUGUGUAAGUGUGAUGGUACUAGGAAUGCAUACUUGAGAGAUUGGAGCCUUAUAUUAUAAAAUAAUUUAUUUUUAAUCUAUGUAGAAACAAAUCUGUAUUGAUGUGCCUUAAAUGAGUCUCACAAGGUCUGUGUAGCUUGCAAUUUCUCACAUGCUGUCACAAUGCUGCCGGCUCAAAGCAAAGUGAAGCAACCAGAGAUUUUACCAGCACCGCUCGCAUACACACACACAACCCUAACCCCCUACUCCCCCCCAAGAAAAAGCUCAAAAAAGGACAGCAGAUACGGGCAUCGUCCACACAACCCUAUGGAAUGGACCUAUUUUUUCACAUACGCGUAGUGUCUCAGCGGUUCUCCAGCGAACCACACUCAGCGCGCGCCAAAACAAACCCAUGUGGGUAGCACGAAGGACCAAACCGGCCCAGAGUGGGACCGACAAGCUAGCGCCGUUCGUGCGGUCUCUCCACUGGUCCCCACUUCCGUCGGCCCCAUACUGCGUCAUCAAGUGAAGACGGAGAUAAUCCUGUCCGGCGCCUCAAGGUCAUGCGCAUUCGUAUAGGCCGCUGUGAAAAAGGCCCUUUCCAACACCUUCAUGAGAUGAAAAUCCUGUGGAAAGCAACAGCUGGGAGUGGGUGGUUAACCUAGGGUGCUGAAGCAGCAUGACCAACAGGCCGAGUGAACUUUAACGCUGAACUUUGAGCACUUAGGGGCUUUUGCCCAGCGUUGCGAAUUUUGUGGAUAGUCCGCCAGAUGUAGCGGAUCUCAUUAAGCAUCUGAGGGUGCACAUUUAUGUUUGGCAGUUCUGGAUGUUCUCUGAAGAAGCAACAACAUGCGGAACCCAUGGGCUGUGAAUGUGGCCAUGGGACGAUGUGCUGGAGUAACGCUAACUGAACUUAGUCUAUUUUUCGUUACACGUUUCAGUCUGUUUCUUUUCUUUCUUUUUUCAUCAACUUACUAGCAAACACUGUCAUUGAAACCAGUCAAUCGAUAGAGUCCUCCUCAAGAAAGCCAAGCAUUGCAUAGUAGUUAGCACACUCGAUCAGCAACCGAGUGGUGCGUGGUUCGAUUCCUGCCGCUGUCUCGGUUUUUCAGUGAACCAUUUCUAAGCCCGGACUACGCUGCAGAAUAGCAAGAGAUGGUACUGAAAUGACCCAAUGCCGGCAUUGCCGGUGUGUGUUUGGUUCCAGAUAUUCGGACCUGAAGUGACAUAAACAGCACAAAGCACAAGAAGGCAGCAGCACAGCGCUUCGCACCCCGACCCGAACAUCGGAUUUCUAUUGCUGAACGCAUUUCAGUUCUCACGGUUUGUGGGAAACCGUUCCCACACUGGGGGCGAAGCCCGUUCGUUCCGUCGUCAAGGGAAACAAAAAGACCUACUGUGUGUUCCCCGCAACCAGAUGGACGAGCCGUGGCCCCACGUUGGGCGCCAAUUCCAAUGGCUCGUCCGUCUGAUUGUGGGGAACACGCAGCCGGACGCUUUUUUUUUUUUUUUUUUGCUUGGUAACAAUACGAUCCCCUUGGUACUCUAGUUGACAGGUUGGUUCGCAGUGUUUGAUGAUCGUAAACUGAUUCCCAUUGUCGCGACGUGAAGAAAAGAGUCGAAGACAGGCAGCAGGAGGAAUAGCCAGUUUACUGGGCAAGAGCGCGACUAGAAUGAACGCGGGUGAAGAUGAUGCGUGCCGACGAGCUUGGCUGGUCACGAGGGCGUGGCCUAGCAUCGUCGUCAGCUACAGGUACCCCCUCCCUGGACCGUAUGCCGGCGAGGUAUGAGACGGACAGAAGGUAGGCCGGGUGCCCAAUGUACCGAACGUGACGGAUGCACCGGUGAGGGCGGGCAGGGGGACGAGGCACGAGAAGGCUCGGGCACCGGGGUGAUGGCAGGCAAAAAGGCAGGCUUGACCACUGAUCUCUAUGUAUAAAGGCUGGAUCGCGUAUGGGAGAGGGGCUCGUGGGAGAGAGGCACGCAUUCGGGCCGCCAUGUUGGUGGGCCCUAAAACGCUGCGUGUGCCCAUUGGAAACAAUGGGAGGCAACAGAGAUUGUGAGUAUUUAUUGCGCUACAGGCGUUGAUCAUUGUUUGUCGUCACGCGAUUUUGUAAGGUGCCAGUAUACUGAUGUAUCCUAACAGUGUUUCGCAGGUGCCCUGCAUUUCGAUUCUUAAUAACGUUAUGUUUUGCAUUCCGAAACUAGACCGUCACUGCAGUGCAGCGCUGGGAAUUGUACUACAGCACGUUUCCCAGCCAAUAUUUCAAUAAGAAACGAUGUGAGGUUAACAACAACCAUGUAUAUAAUAUCCCGUGCUGCGUUCUGGACAAAAAUUGUUCCACAAAGAACGGUCCCAGAAGGGAUACCCGCAUGGUAGAAAGAAAUCGCCCCGUAGAAUCACAGCCGUUGUUUCAAACAGGCGUAUGCGUUUAAUUUGAUUGAUAUCAAGCAAGAAAGGGUCUUUUAGUGAACGACAGUGGUGUCUUCGAUGUAAUGCGUCGCAAAUAUGAACACACCGAAGCAUCCCAAACAAUUACUGCACGCAAUUAGAUUACGCUUAGGCCAGUUAAUCUAGGUGUUGAUGUAAACUUAAGAAAGUUAUUUAGUAAGUGGUAACACCUCCUUGAGACACAAAACUUAUAUCCUUUUGAAGUACAGCACUUCUUUUUUCUUCUUCCUUCAUUUUUUCUGAUUAUUUGCAGGUGAAAUUGAAUGUCCUUCUCGCGUACUCACAUGCUUUUGCUGAAUAGAACUGCAGCGUGAACAAAGCUGCGUAAGGAUGGGGGCCUGCCAUCCACUGCUGACUUUGUCAUGCUAGUUAUGUGGAGCACGUUGCAAAAAAUGCAGCUGCACAUCUGAAACUCCAAUCAUUAUCAUCGUCAUCUAAAAGGGAAUGUGGUAGCACUGCUGUGAAACCAGGCACGAUUUCUGAAAACCCUCUAUGGCACUUUCCGCAGUUUGCACACUUUUCUUCAGCGUCAGUCUCUCUCAUAGGAGUCACUUUGCAUUAACAGUGACUCCCAUCUUACAUUUUCAUGUGCGAGGGCUCUCUUGCACUACACAUGUACGGUUUCCCAACUGCAACAUGACGAUUUGGAGCUUGAAACUGGAGCCCUGGUGUUCCCUGUGUAUGAAAUGAUACCAACUGAAUCUUGUCAAACGUGAUGUUUAGUGGAAGAUGGCUUUCUUGGUUGUGCAUUCUGAGUGACAAAGAUUAACACGAUAUGCUUUUGUAAAGAUAAGUGAUGUUAUGCUCUAUGAAUAAAGAAAAUAUACAUUUUUCAA